AUGACGUGGGAUCAAAGAAAGCUUUUUGUUUCUGGACAUGUCAGCCUCCAGCCUCCAUCUAGGAAAACAACUGAAAAUGGAAGCAGUAGACGAGAAAAUACCAUGACAUACAAACUACAUAAUGGUACAGAAUUGGUUCAAGUCUGUCGCAAAGCAUUUCUCAAUACUACAGGGCUAGGAAGAUUCACAGUGGAAAGUUGGAAAAAAGAGAGUGUAUACGAUAUGAACGAGUCUAAGGAAGAAUUUAAUAAACAGCGAAAGAAUAGGAAUAAUAGGGUACGUGCUUUCGAGGACAGUAAAGCUUUCCUGAAUUUAUUUUUAGAUGACCUUCCGAAACAGCCAUCUCACUAUGUGAGAAAGGAUACCAGUAAAUUUUAUUUAGAGCAACAUUUCGUUACUCUGAAGUAA